AAACGCAUAUACAUAUAUUAAAAUGAUAAAGUUGUUAAGGUUAAAACACAAAAGUUAAAUAUAAAAUAAUUAUGCAGUAUGGGUUUGUUCACAAGAGCUAUUAUAAGUGAAUAUUUAAGGCCUUCCUUCAUUUGUGUGUAUAAUUUUACACGUUUGUUAUGUUACAAAAGUGAUAUUGUAAUUGAAUCUAAUUAUCCAAACGUGAAUGUACCGAAUAUUACAAUAAAUGAAUUGCUGUGGGACAAAUUUGCGACAUGGCCAGACAGACCAGCAGUGGUAUGUUCAGAAACUGGAAAAACGUUAACAUACAACGAUUUCUUCAAAAAAAGUCGAAAACUCUCAGGUUUCCUACAGUCUAAACUGAAAUUGAAAAAGGACGAUACUAUUGCCCUUGUUCUACCAAAUAUUGCAGACUUCGGUGUCAUUGUCUUAGGAGCAGUAGAUGCAGGAUUGAAAGUAACAACGAUCAAUCCACUAUAUACUAAAGACGAAAUCAAACGUCAACUGAACGAUUGUGGAGUAAAAGCGGUUUUUUCGUUAAAUAUUAUAACGGAUCUCAUUAAAGAAGUUAUUAAAACAAUAAAUAAUAGCAUAAGUGUGAUAAGCGUCGGUAUUCAGAGAAACGAACCCGUUAGUUCUGGAAUCAUAAAGUUUCAUGAAAUAACCGAAAAUUCCACUUUUGAAUUUCGUCCUGUAUCAGGAAAUGCUGACGAUGUAGCUUUCCUGCUUUAUUCCAGUGGAACAACAGGUCUACCGAAAGGAGUAGAACUAACACACAAAAAUAUAGUUUCCAAUGUUUUACAACAGUCGAGUCAUGAACCAUUGGAUUUGUUUAAUUUAUAUGAAAGAAAUGUGGUGUCAACGUCUUUGGCGUUUUUUCACAGCGGAGGCCUAUCAGUAGCCUUAUUAUCCUGGUAUUCUGGUUCAAAGCUUAUAGCUGCACCCCGUAUUAACACAAAAACUUUGACCGAUCAAUUUGAAACGUACAAACCGAAUAUAGGAGUGUACACCCCCCUUAUAGUUCAAAUGUUAACAAAAAACAACAACUUUACACCAAAAAUAGCCGAAUCGUUAAAAAUAGCCUUAUCGGCGGCAGCCCCUUUGGGUGGAACUGAUAUCGAAAGAUUUUACGAAAAAACGCAAAAUCAAGUGCGUAUAAUUCAGGGUUACGGAUUGACUGAAGCAUCCCCCGCAACACACAGAGUACCCCUAGAUGCCCAGAAAGAGAAGAUAAGAUCGGUGGGUGUUUUGUUACCGAAUACGAAAAGUAAAAUUAUUCCAAUCGAUGGUAAUGACACAAACGGCUUACCAGUGAUGCAAACUGGAGAAAUUUUGAUAAAAGGUCCCCAGGUAAUGAAAGGUUACUUUAAAAAUCCAAAAGCUACUAGCGAAAUUUUCACUGACGAUGGCUGGCUAAAAACAGGGGAUGUGGGAUAUGUAGAUGAAGAUGGUUACCUUUAUAUUACUGACAGGAUAAAGGAAUUAAUCAAAGUAAAAGGUUUUCAAGUGGCACCAGCAGAAUUAGAAGAAAUACUACGCGAUCAUCCGUCAGUUGAGCAAGCGGCCGUUGUAGGCACUAAACAUGAACGAUUCGGGGAAGUACCGAAAGCGUUUCUAGUUUUGAAAAAAGAUCAUCGAAUAUCAGAAGAAGAUAUUAAAGAGUUUGUGGCUAACAAGGUGGUUACUUAUAAGCAGUUGGAAGGUGGAGUUGUUUUUCUGGAGGACUUGCCCAAAAGUAACACUGGGAAAAUAUUAAGAAAAGAACUUAAGGGAAAGUGAAAUGUGUUCAUCUAAUUCUUUAGACAAAUGCAAGGAUUCAGUGUCUUAGAUAUUUAUGUAAAUAUUAUACAUAUGUAGCUGAAAAGGUGCUCAAUUUAUAAAUAAUAAAAUNAU